CGUCUCCAUACUAUUUAAACAGCGAAAAAUCAGCAAUACUAACAAAAGUCAAUUAAAGCAGCAGAGCGGAGAUAGAAAAAAUGACUAUAAAAGGAGCAGGCGGCGGCGGCGGCGGAAGCCCAGCUUGUGCCGCCUGCAAGCACCAGAGAAGAAAAUGCCAUUCCGAUUGCAUGCUGGCGCCGUACUUCCCGGCGACCGACCCCAGAACGUUCAUAAACGCCCACCGCCUCUUCGGCAUCAGAAACAUCGUGAAAACCCUCCGGAAAAUCGACGACGACGACAAGAAGGACGACGCCAUGAAAGCCCUAAUCUUCGAGGCCGACAUGCGCCAGAAGUUCCCCGUCCACGGAUGCGUCCAGUACAUCGCCCACCUCAGCCGCCGCCUCCAAGAGGCGGAGGACGAGCUCGCCCGCGUGCGGGCCCAGCUGGCGUCCUUCCGCUGCCGCCAGCGGAUGCUGACGGGGCAACACGGUGGCGGCUUUGUCGGUGAUGGUGAUGAUGAUGACAAUACUUCUUACGACAUCUGCGGGAGUCGGGAUGGCCCGACAAUCAUAAUGCCGCGUCAAUUUGAACCCGAAGAAGCGUAUGUCGACGAUUCUUCUAG